AUAUAAUAAUUGAUUUUGGUUUACAGCAAAAAAAAGAAGAGUUAAUAGUGGCGUGAGAAAGAGAAAAGAGAGGAAGAGGAUGAAUGAAACGGUACUGCGGGAAUGGUUCAAUCGAGUUGACUCGGAGAAUAGUGGAAGCAUAACCGCGCUCCAACUCCAGUCAGCUCUAGGUAAGGGAAACCUGGAAUUUUCCCUCUCAGUUGUUGAGCAGAUGAUCAGGAUGUACGAUUUUGACAGGAAUGGUACCAUGAGUUUUCAAGAAUUCGUUGCUCUCAACAACUUCCUUCUUAAGGUUCAACAUGCAUUUUCUGAUCUAGAAAGGGGUCGUGGUUUCCUUCUACCUGAUGAUGUCUUUCAGGCCGUAGUGAAAAUUGGCUUCAUGCUGGAUUCUCCUGCUUUUUACUCUGUCUGUGAGAGCUUUGAUCAAAGUAAAAAUGGGAGGUUUCGGCUGGAUGACUUCAUAUCACUCUGUAUAUUCUUACAAUCAGCUCGGAAUUUAUUUACUUCAUUCGAUACCGCGAAACAGGGCAGAAUUACUCUCGAUCUGAAUCAGUUUGUCUAUUGUACUGCCAAUUGUAGGAUAUGAUUGGACUAUAUGGUGACUUGUGAAGAUGAUUUUCAAAUAUUUGAAGACAAUGUUAGACCAAGUUUAAGUUGUGUUGUACCAGUAUCAGAUUCAAAGGACACUUUAAGCUUGCGCACUGGGUGCCAAAGAUAGAGUACUUUUUCUUUUUGAUGUUGUUAUUUUGUUUAUGGAACUAGUUUUCACGGAUAAACACAAGUAUCAUACAAAAUUUGGUUUUAUAAUA